GCUGCCGGCGAGGGCUCGGGCAGCUCAACAAGAGGCCGCCCCACCACAGCAGCGGACCUCUGCGAUAAACUCCCUGACCCCCUGGGUCGGGGGACGGCGGGCCGCGGCGCAGCGGCGCAGCAGCAGCAGCAGCAGUCCCAAGACAAACACAGGCGAUGGCCUCCCCCAGGAGCUCCGCCAGCAUCAUCCUCGCCGCCGCAGCGCUCCUCACGUGCGUCGCAGGAAUCCCCCUGUCCGCUCUGUCCGAGGCGGUCCGCUGUCACGUGUGCGGCCCCGCCAGCGCAGCGCACCUCUUCCCCGGGCAGCCGCCGGCCCCGGACUGCCAGUCGGAGGAGGCCGGCCCGGACCAGCUGCCGCCCGCCUCGAGCCGCUCGUGCCCGCCCGGGUACAAGGGCUGCCUCGCCACGUACGACGGGGAGGAGCUGACGCGGACGUGCGCUGAGCAAGCGUUCCACAUGUGCGACGUGGCCAACGACGUCGUCUACUGCUACUGCAGCGGGCCGCUGUGCAACUCGCGGGGCGCGGCGGAGCUGGGCGAGCAGCGGCAGGCGCUGCUGCAAGCGCGUCGCGCCGACCUCGAGGGCAGCGGCGGCGGCCAGGACGACGACACGGAGGACGACGCCAGCGACAUCGCCACCUCUGUGUACGACGACUCGCCCUCCUCGCAUUCGCCCGUCGCCUCCUCCACGACCACCACGACCGCCUCCCACAGGGCGUGGGGGAGCAGCAGCACCUCCGCCACAAGCGCAACCACCCCAGGGGACUUCUACCUGAGCAACACAACCGAGGACGCCGCAGCCGAGGUUCCCGUUGGGGGCGCCGGCGCAGGGGCGGCCGCCACGGACGGGAAGGGGUCGGCCAGCCGCGUGCAGGGCACGGGCUUGCUGCUCGCGCUCGCCCUCUGCACCACCAUGCUGCGCGCCCAGUGGACUCUAAGACUCACCUAGUUUGGGCAAUACGCUUUGAUAUUAUAAUCGGAGAGUGCUAAACUCAUGUACUCUAGAGUGCUCAUGAACUAUGUGUGACUGGUGGGAGAGCAGCUCGCUGAGUCAGUAUUAAACUGCCACAUUCUCCAUUUCAGGAAAACACAGAAAAACCAUAAAUUAGAGCAUACACCCAAUGAAAAAUAUUGUCUAGGUGAAUUUAAGGUCACCAUCAAUACUGUAAAAUACAAAAUAUUUAAUAGACAUGAGAAAAUAGCCCAAAUUAAUGAAGUAAGGGCAUGGUAUGCAAAAUUGUUUGCAGGUGGCGUUUUUUAAAAUGUUACAGCUAAUUAUUUCCUAAUUAACGAAAACAUUUGAGUCGGAUUACCAAACAAAACACACACAACCAGUAACUUUGGUCGUAUAUUUAAGUUUCAUAAGUGGCUUGUGUACCUACAAGUAACCCCUUUCUGGAAAUUAAAAGGUAGUUGCAGCAUCUGGCUGUUCCUUUCUUACGGUAUGCUUUGCCUUUUUAUUAUUGAGUAUAAGUACUAAUUUAAUAUAAAAACUCUACAAUGCUUUAGCAGCUGCUUUAUUUGUAAUAAUAUGCUGUUUUUAAAUACAGAUUUAUUUCCCCAUUAAGCUAUUUAUAAAAUUAAAAUAGAUCUUUUGAAAAAUCUGAGUGGUUGUUAGGGGUCUAACAUACCGUAAUUAUGCAAUUACUACUGGGAUAGAAAGUGCCAUCAUAUGACUUAUUCAAAACACAUGAGCUUCAUGAUUUUUUCACUAUUGUGCAGGGAGAAAAACUUUUUCCUCUUCAUUUUGUACUUCAUGAUAGAAGAAGGCUAGUGAUAGUUAUUUACUAGUUUACACACCCUCAAGGUGUGUUUUAAUUUUAAUUUUACUCUAAAUUAGGGUAAUUUUCUGGUUUGAUUCAAGACAACUACAAUUGUUUCAAUUUAUGAAAAUAAAUACAUUUUAUGACAAUACAACAACAGAA